AUGCUGGUCCAGCUUACAGAUUCCCGCGAGAAGGAGGCGGAGGUGGAGAACAUGAGUAGUGACCUGGUUGCCAGAACCGGACUCCAUGAUGCCAAACAGGAAAUCGCGCUGAAGACUAAGGCAGCAUUAGUCAGCUUGGUCCAAGGGUGGAGAAUCCAGUCGUCGUAUAAGCCACCGAUCAGCGGUUGCGAUGCCUUGAUCCCCAACUCACGCUUGAGCAACUUGCUCAAGACUUGCGCACGUCUAGACCCCAGCAAACGUGCCACCGCUCUGGAAGACGACAUCGAGCUGGAGUCUGCCUACCGAAAUGUGGCUCUGCAAGGCGAGUCGGAGGUUCUGGCCAACCCAGAGGAUGAAGUAGACUUUCACUACGUCUGCUUCGUGAAGAUACAUGAAGAUGAUCGCCUGUACGAACUGGACGGGCACCGGAAAGGGCCUUUUCACCGGGGACUCUUCACAGGCAACGACAUUCUUUCUGAGGACGGUCUUGGUGUGACUCAGAAAUUAAUUGAGCCAGUUGCCCGGGGUGUUGGGUUUAGUCUGCUUUGGUAUAAGUAUAACCGAGCAGAGAGUGCCAGGUAUUGA